AUGUCCAGCAGAGUUUAUAUCGGACACCUCGCGCACAACGCCACGGCGGGGACCAUCGACGCUCAGCUGGGGCAGCAGGGCCUGCACCCGAACAGGAUAAUACUGACAAACCGCGACGACGGCUCGAGCCGAGAUUUCGGGUUCAUCGGGUUUCAAAACGAGCAUGAAGCCCAGACCGCAAUUGAUAUGUUCAAUGAGACCCAGUACGUGCACGUAUCCUUCCUGCUUCGGGUAUAUUCUUCUUCAUGUGGGAGCGGUUGCUACUGGCGAAUGGGUGGAUGGACUUAUAGGAUCGAGGGCAGGUCGGUGAAGCUUAACUGGGCGAAUGCGAAAACACAGUCUAGCUUCGGCGCGGGCGGUGGUGGGUAUGGUUCAGGUUAUGCGGACGGAGGAUACAGCGGGUGGUGGAUACGCUGGUAA